UCACAACCACAUACAAAAGCCCCAAAACAGCGAUGUGUCAAAAUUGUAAGCAUAAAAAUUGUGCGACAGCUGGGAGAAAAAGCGAAACAAACUCAUCAUCAACAAUCAUUUAAUUUUUUUUUUACAUUUUGUUAAAUAUUUUCAAUAGAUUUGUUAGGGUUUUUUUUUUUGUAAAAAUAUGGUGUUCAAGAAACGCAUUGAGUGAUUUGCGUGUGGAAAAAAUGUGCGGAAAAACUUUACCACAACAAUAUAGACAAGUGAGAAAAAAUUGAAUAGAUUUGGUGUGGGUUAGUGCAAACAAAGCAAUUGGGUUACAACAGAGAGCCAAAAACAAUGGACUAUGUGUAUUGUGGCAAUGAAACAGGCGGUCGUGCUGACGAUAUCAUCACAUUAACAAUGUAUGAUGCGCAAAAUGGGAAUGAAUCGUAUCCAGCGUCCAAUUUUACGACGUUUAACAUCGGCCAAACUGUUCCCGAGUAUCUGGAAAUGGGCACAAUUCUUGCCGAUGGUGGUGAGACUUUUGGCGUUUCCACUGUUCGAUUUGAUACGCAUGAAGAACUACUGUGGAUGGGCAAUGAAGGGGGUCAUGUAACGUCUUACUACAGCGGAGCUCUCCAAAAGUACACCUCGUUUCAAGUGCACGCCAGUGAGAUGGUCCGAGAGAUCAUUACGAUCGACAGUGGCAUUCUGGCAUUAACUACGACCACUCUGAGGCAUCAAAUACGAAGAGGCAUUCCGAAAUUCACGCAUCGAUCCAUGAAUAUGGUGGAUUUGGUGUGCAUGGUUCAAAUGGCGCCGAAUCGAUUGAUCAUGGGCGGUCAUCAGGAGGUUAUCAUCGACUUUGAUUUGGCCACUGCGACUGAAACGAAAUUGAUCUACUGUGGAAGCAAUGGAUCAGCAGUGUUUCGACUCCAUCCUCGCUUCUUAUGCGUUGGUGAUGCUUUUGGAACAGUUGCACUGAGAGAUCCAAACUCAUUGAGUAUAGAACACACCGUCACCACCCAUGUGGGCAGUUUAUGUGAUUUUGAUGUGCAGGGCAACUAUCUGAUUUCAUGCGGUUUUGUUGAACGACAGGGAACGUUGCAGUGCGAUCGAAUUCUGACUGUGCAUGACCUUCGGAUGCUUCGCAGUCCAAUCGCACCGAUUCAAGUACUGAUUGAACCAUAUUUACUCCGAUUUUUGCCACAGGAAUACAAUCGAUUGGCUGUUAUCUCGGCAAUGGGACAAAUUCAACUCGUCGACACGGUUGAACUAACAGAGCCUCGAGUGUGCAUGUAUCAAGUUAACACGAACGGUUCGCAAUGUCUAUCAUUCGACAUUUCUUCAUCGGAUCAAGCGAUGGCUUUUGGUGAUCAAUCGGGCCAUAUCAGUUUGAUUUCAUCAAUCGCAACACCAAGCCCACAAUUCAAUUCGUAUUCACGCGAAACAGAAUUUGCGGAUCCGAUUCAAACACUGCCGCCGGUUCCAAUCACCGAUACCACAUUUCCAUUGUCUUCGAUUCCACUGCCACAUUUAGCCACCGGCACGAAAUGGCUCAGUGAAUUUCCGCCAGCACUUCUGACAUAUCGCUAUCGAACACCAAAACCAAUCGAUACGGAAAUUUUGAACACAAUUAAAAUGCAAGGACCCAUUGGAUACGCUCCAAAUCCAAAGAAAACCAAGAGAAAUCAGGUGCCGUAUUUUUAUGAGAAAAACAAUUCCAAUGGUUCAAGUUCUUUGUCACAAUCGAAUCCAUUUAGCAAAAAUGGAACGGAGAAUACGCUGAAAAUCAUUCCAAAAAGAUAUCGCCGAAAUGAAGUGAAAUACACAAAGUUGGGCACACAAGAAUUCGAUUUUGAUCAAUACAAUCAGACGAUAUUCGCUGGCCUUGAAGCCACAUUGCCAAAUUCAUACUGUAAUGCAAUGCUGCAAAUUCUCUAUUUCAUCGCUCCUUUGCGUGAGACACUGCUCACACAUUCGUGCAUGAAGGAGUUUUGCCUGUCGUGUGAAUUGGGCUUUUUAUUCCAUAUGCUGGACACUUCUGAUGCCCCUUGCCAAUCCAGCAACUUCUUACGAUCAUUCCGUACCGUUCCGGAGGCAUCCGCUUUGGGAUUGAUUCUCAGCGAUCGCAACAUGAACGCAAACGUGGAUUUCAUUGAAUUGAUUCAGAAUUGGAAUCGAUUCAUCCUGCAUCAAAUGCAUUAUGAAAUUUUGGAGGCUCGAAAAAAUAAGCAGCCACCAGCUGAUGCGAACAAUUCACAAGAAUUCUUUUACGUGGAAUCCGAAUUUCCGGCAUUGCAUUUGACCGAAUUCGUUAUGCGAAAUAAUGCCAAAACGAAAACGGCGAAAAAUGUGGAAAUGUUUCAGUAUAUCGAUGUAAAUAAUCCGGGUGAAAAUAAAGAAAAGCCCGAAGGAAUCACUGAAGAUGGCCGCGACGAGGAGACUGACAUUAGUCGACUUUUUGGUACGAAGCAAAAGUGUAUUCAUCGAUGCUUGAAGUGCAACGAAGAGAAAAUAAAAACCAACAUUCUACUGGUGUGCAACCUGUUGCUUGGUCAAAAUAAUCGCGAGGGAGAGAAUAUGAGUUUCAGCCAAGUGCUUCGAAAUUCGCUGAGUGUUGAGAAAACCACUCCGGCAUUCUGUGAAACAUGUAAGAAGUUUACACCAACGAAUCAAUAUGCCCGAGUCACUGAACUCCCGCAGAUACUGUCGAUAAAUUGCGGCCUGAAAAAUGAAAAAGAAAUGAAUUUCUUGAAACGACAAUUGAAUCGAAAUUCUCCGAAUGGCCCUACGGCAAAUGAAACACCAUCCACACCAUCGAGCAGUACUCCGAUUAAACCGUGUCGGUAUGGCACCAACUGCUCAAGAGUUGAUUGCCAUUUUGCACAUUCAGACCGAAAAUCUCCAGCAGCUAAUUUGGUGAACAAUAGUGUUAACACAUCGAAUUCGAAUGGAAAUCCACGAUCGAAUAUUUGGUUUCCACAUCACUUCACCAUGGCAAUUGACGAAUUGAAUGAACUCAAAAUUCAAUCAGCCAUUGAUAACGGAGAUGAAUCGAUUGUCAGCAAUAAAUCCCCGGAUAAAACAUCAGACGAUUUGAAUAUCUCUGACCUCACUAUCACCGCCGAUGAAACGAAUACCAAUGAGAGCAAAACAGAAGAAUCUAAAGAGGAAAAGGAAGAAGAAGAAGAAGAAGAAGAAGAAGAAGAAGAAGAAGAAGCAGACAAAAAUGAAGAGACAGAAGAGAAAGAUGUGGAAAAAGAAGAGAAAAACGAGGAACUCGAAACGGAACAUGAAAAUAAAGAGGAAGAUACGCCAGAGGCAGAAAAGAACGAAGAAUUGAAAGAAAGUGAAGAGGAGGUGGAAAUCAUCAAAAAAUCAUACAAACUAACAGCUGUUGUAUGCCAAGUCAUAAAUGGCAACCAGAAAAAUUUAAUCGCGCUCAUUUCAGUGGGAAAUCAAUACCACAAGGCGAAAAUCGCCGAGUAUGAUCCCAGCCAAGAUGGACAGUGGUAUAUUUUUAAUGAUUUUAGUAUUGCACCAGUUUCAGAACAAGAGGCCGUUUGGUUUACACUCGAUUGGAAAGUUCCAUGUGUUCUCUUUUAUUCGUCAACAGAGGCUAUAGCUCACGAUGGAAAGGAUAUUACCGUUGAAGCUAUGUCCAGCAAUCCAUUCAUUCAUGACAUAAUCAGUCAGCAAAUCUGCAAGAAUAAGCAAUACGAUCUCACAUUCAAACCAUUGACUGGUGACGAAAUGCCGAAAAAAGGUGAUCUAGUUGCAAUGGAUGCUGAGUUUGUAACUUUGAACCCAGAAGAGAAUGAAAUCCGUCCAGAUGGAAAAACAGCCACCAUUAAACCGAGCCAUAUGAGUGUCGCUCGUAUCACUUGCAUUCGAGGGAGUGGUACAGACGAAGGUGUUCCAUUUAUGGACGACUACAUUUCAACGCAAGAACAGGUAGUUGACUAUCUGACAAAGUUUUCGGGCAUAAAACCGGGAGAUUUGGAUGCCAACUUUAGUAAUAAGCAUUUAACCACUCUGAAGAGUUCCUAUCAAAAGUUGCGCUAUCUAGCCGACAUUGGCGUUAUUUUUGUUGGACACGGACUGAAAAAUGAUUUCCGUGUAAUAAAUAUGGUGGUCUAUCCCGAUCAAGUGAUCGAUACAGUGACAUUAUUCCAUUUGCCUCAUCAACGAAUGAUCUCGUUACGAUUGCUUGCAUGGUACUUUUUGGGCACGAAAAUUCAAUCCGAAACGCAUGAUUCGGUUGAAGAUGCACGCACCGCCCUUCAACUCUAUAAGCACUACUUAAAAAUUGUCGAAGAUGGUAAUCUUGUGCGUGAAAUCACGAAUUUAUAUGAGAAAGGCAAACAACUCGGCUGGAAAGUUCCGGACGAUGACUAAAUUUUUUAACUUUUAGAAUAUGUAUAUUUUGGCUAUGACAUAAAAUUGUAUGCAUAUUAUGUUUCAAUAAAAUCUACUUUUUUGAAAAUAAUCCGAAAAAAA